GAUGGCUUCAACGGCACCGCCUUUGCCUACGGCCAGACCAGCAGUGGCAAGACCUUCACCAUGAACGGCUCCACUGCCGACCCUGGGAUCAUUCCGCUCGCUAUCCGCGACAUAUUUGACACGGCGGCCGAGGCUGCAGACCGUGAGUUCCUUAUCAGGGUGUCGUACAUGGAGAUUUACAAUGAGGAGAUUAAUGACCUCCUCACACUCGGUAGCGAGAAGCUGCCGAUUCACGAGAGCCUGGAGCGUGGUGUGUAUGUCUCCGGCCUACGGGAAGAGAUUGUUAACAAUGCCGAACAAGUGCUAGAACUUCUUCACCGUGGAGAAGAGAAUAGACAUUUUGGAGAAACAAACAUGAACGUCCGGAGCAGCCGAUCCCAUACUAUUUUUCGGAUGGUCAUUGAAAGCAGUGCUAAGGACCAGGUGAACUCUGGAGAUGCAAUCCGGGUAUCUAUCUUGAACUUAGUGGAUUUAGCUGGGUCAGAAAGGAUCGCCAAGACUGGAGCGGAUGGCGUGCGACUUAAGGAAGGGAAGCAUAUCAACAAAAGCUUGAUGAUUCUUGGAAAUGUCAUCAAUAAGUUGAGUGAGAAUGGAAAGCAAAGAGGGCACAUCCCUUAUCGUGAUAGUAAGUUGACUCGCAUUCUCCAGUCUGCACUUGGAGGCAAUGCAAAGACAUCAAUCAUCUGCACUGCUGCACCUGAAGAGAUUCAUAUCGAGGAAACUAGAGGAACUCUUCAGUUCGCAAGUAGAGCAAAAUGUGUAAGCAAUUGUGCCCAAGUAAAUGAGAUUCUAACAGAUGCUGCUCUGCUGAAGAGGCAAAAACUGGAAAUAGAAGAACUUCGUCAAAAGCUACAGGGUUCUCAUUCUGAAGUCUUGGAGCAGCUUAUCCUAAAGCAACGUAAUGACAUGCAUAAGUUUGAACUUGAGCGUGAUCGACUGGCAAUGGAACUUGAAGAGGAAAGGAGGUUAAGGGAGACUUUAGAGCACCAGUUGACCGAGCAACAAAAAAUGUUAGAAAACCACGACAAUAUUGGCCUAUCAGCAGAGCAGUUUACUGACUCUAUACAGCUAGAUUCAUUGAAAACUCCAGAUUCUAAGCGGACACCAGAUGGAUUUGUUGCCAGCCGCUCACGCUAUUUGAACGAUGUGGAGUUCAGCCCAAUACCUGAAAAUUUAGGUGCUGUAGCUGAUGAGGACCUCUGGAUGCAGCUGAACAAAGGAUGCAUUACUGAUCUUGAUAUGCUUGAGAUGGCACCUGGUUUCAAAUGUCCACCGUCCUUGCCAAAAGAUACAACAGCAGUUGCGCCAUUAAAGGAGCCUAUUGACGUGAGAUGCCAAAGGCUGGAGAAGGACUGCAUCUCCGACCGACAGCAGCUAGAGGAUUCAAAAGCGAGCUGCGCAGUGCUCGAGAAGGAGCGCAAUCAGCUCAUAGAGGAGAACUCUUCGUUGCGACAUGAGCUCUCCAGGUCGAAGCAGGAAGCCAAUCAUCUCGUAUCCGAGAAGGAGGAGCUGCUGAAAGAGCUCGAGACCGAGAGGUACAAGAUGGAGCAGCUGAAGCAGGAUAUCAGGAUCUUCAGCCAGUCCUUCUCUCAGAGGCAGGGACAGCUGACGUCCCUAUACACUAAAUCCAAGGCCAUCGUGGAGAACUGCAAGGCCUCUCAGGUCGCAUUGCCCUGAUGACUGAUCAGAGCCUCAGAAGUACAAAUCCUCGCAUG